AGACUGCUUUAGUUUGGAGCAGCCAACAGUGAACAACCUCCAGCCUCUUGUCUGAUUAGUGAUGGAGGAUUAAAAUGGUGAGGAAGAAAAAACGUCCACUUUCUGAAAUCUGCAGAAGCAUGAUGUGGGAUGGAUAAACAACAACCAAACUCUGCUAUGGCCUCUAAUGACCCUGACCUUCCUGACCCCUCCGAUGACCCCCAGCCUGGUGACCUCAUUGAGAUCUUCAGACCAGCUUAUCAGCACUGGGCUCUCUACCUGGGAGAUGGUUACAUCAUCAACUUGACUCCUGUUGAUGAGAGCCAGGCCGCCGCCAUGUCCAGUGUGAAGUCCGUCUUCAGCAGGAAGGCCGUGGUGCGCAUGCAGCUGCUGAAGGAGGUGGUGGGCAGCGACUCGUACCGCGUCAACAACAAAUACGACGACAACCACACUCCCCUCCCCAUCUGUGAGAUCAUCGAGCGAGCUCAAGUCCUCAUUGACCAGGAGGUGUCUUAUGACUUGCUGGGGAGCAACUGCGAGCACUUUGUUACCCUUCUGCGCUAUGGACAGGCGGUGUCCGAACAGGCUUCACGAGCCAUUGGAGCCAUCAGCGUGGUGACGGCUGCAGCCAGCGCCUUCUCUGUCCUGGGGCUGAUCAACACGCGUUCCAGAAACAGACCUUUCUGACGGAGGCAAACCUCACCCGAGGCUGUCGUCUCUCAACGAUCAUGCAGCUGUUAUUGAAAGCAAAACCAAUAAAGUAUUCAUCAGAAUGGAACUGACUUUGUUGUUUAAGGAUUAAAAACUACACUGCCUGUA